GAAAAAAAAUCAUGUACAGUAAAGAAUGAUGGCCUCCCUUCCAUAAUUUUUCUAAAUAUGACCAAUGCUAGGUUCUUUUAUUGGCCACUAUAUAAGGAAUAGAAUAUGUAGUAUUUUACAUCUUGAAAACAAUUACAGCUCCUUAAUUUGUUGAACAAUCGGAUCCUCAAUCGUACACGACUACGCAACGAUGAACUACUGCCACAUCCAAAAGCUCUUCCUCUGUUUUUUUCUAUUAAUGUUUCUCUUCUCAUCAGGACAACAAGGAGGAGUCAAAGCUUCAUCAGCUCAUCACCGCCAUGGAAGUAGUCCUGUUUAUAGUUUUCGUCCAACGAAGCUCUUCGUCCUUGGGGACUCGUACUCCGACACAGGCAACAGGAGGAAAUCAGAGCUCAAUUCUUGGAAAUAUCCUUUCGGGAUUACCUUCCCCGGUAAACCCACAGGCCGUUUCUCCGAUGGCCGAGUGUUGACCGAUUACAUUGCAAAGUUUGUGGGAUUGAGAUCUCCAUUGCCAUACCAGUGGAGAAAAGUGGGAGCCUCAGCCAAACUUGUCAAAUACGGAAUGAACUUGGCUCAUGGAGGCACGGGCGUUUUCAACACAGUGUUUUUGGGCCCAAACAUGACGAUCCAGAUCGACUUCUUGGAGCGCCUUACCAACAAAUAUUCUGUCUACACCACUAGAGACCUCCAGUCCUCCAUUGCCCUCGUCACCGUUGCUGGCAACGAUUACCUUACUUACAUUUCCAGAAAUGGCUCAGCCCAGGGUUUUCCGUCCCUUAUCUCAUCGGUGGUGAAUCAGCUGACCUCGAAUUUGAAACGCAUUCAUAAAUUAGGAGUGAAAAAAAUAGCUUUGACGGCUAUCGAACCUUUUGGAUGUCUGCCUUGGUUCACAACCAAAACCUCAUUCAAACACUGCAACGAAACCUUAAACAAGCUCAUCAGCUUACACAACGACUUGUUGCAUCAAGCCGUGGCCAAGCUCAACAAUGAGACCCACGAUUCUCCUUUCACAAUUCUCGACCUCUACGCUUCCUUCACGACCGUUUUCAAAAACAAAGGAGACCCACUAAGAGGUAUUAAAUUUGAGAACCCAUUGAAGCCAUGCUGUGUUGGAAUAAGCAGUGCAUAUUCGUGCGCGAGUGUGGACCAAAAUGGGGUCAAGAAGUACACCCUUUGCGACGAUCGUCAAUCUACCUUCUUUUGGGACGCUGUCCACCCUUCCCAAGAAGGUUGGAGGUCUGUGUUUUCAGCUUUGCAACCCACUUUGGAGCAAAUUUUCUAUGCUUAAUUUAUAACUAGUGAAUUCUCUUUCAAAUGUUUCAUGAUCCGUGUGGGCUAGCUAGUUAUUUGUUAUGUAUUUAUUUUUACUUUGUUAGAUGUGUAGUGAAUUUGGUGUAUAUGUGUGAUAAAGAGUUAUUGAAAUAAUGUUACUAUUUAUAUUAUUAUCAUUAUUGAAAAAACUACACUAUAUAUUUGUAGAA